UUCGACCCUUACUUGUCGACGGCAUUACACAAUUUUCAUUUCGACAGCAUAUACUGGAAAAUUUCAAUUAAAAAGUAUAUUUUCGCUAUAAUUAAGUAGUUAAUCGCUAUGGCAUCACUUGUAAGACAAACAGCUUUCAGCAUUUUAAGAAACGUCAAUCUUCUCCGUACUGUAACUCCAAAGCAGCGAAGUUUUCAUGCAAUUUCAUCCAUUAAUAAUUUUUCGAAGGUCGAUUUGCAUCAGCAACUAUUGAAUAAUGUCAAGAAACGAGAUUUUAGUGCUAAGGAACCUCUAACACUCAAAAUGAUACGCGAACGUGUUACUCUUGUCUUGAAUCUAUAUGACAAAAUUGAUCCGACGAAGCUCACAGUCGAUUCACAUUUCAUCAAAGAUUUGGGUCUCGAUUCAUUGGAUCAUGUUGAAAUAGUUAUGGCAAUGGAAGAUGAGUUUGGUUUUGAAAUUCCUGAUACUGAUGCUGAGCGACUCCAAAGACCAGCCGACAUAAUUCAAUACAUUGCUGACAAAGAUGAUGUUUUUGAAUAAGGAUGGAGAUUUAUAUCCUUAAUUUCUCAUUCGUUUAACGAGUCUGAUGCCAGAUAUGCUACAAAGAAUUAUAAUUAUAGGCCCUUUAAACAAAAUUUCAUCAAAUAAUAAAGAAGAUGUACUAAAUUCGUAAAUAUUGUGUGCUUUAAGAGGUAUUUUGUGGUUUUAGGUGCUGUAAUUGAGGCAUUGAACAGACAAUUUCGGUUAAAAAAUAAAAAUUUCGUUAAGAUUUCCGUUAAAGUUCAAAUUCAAAAAAAUGUUUCGUUAAAAAUAUUCAAAUUAUGAAUAGCCGUUUAAAUCCAAAUUCAUAAUGACCGUUGAAACACAAAUCAAUGCUGACAUUAAUUCUUAUCUGCAAACUGCAUUCUCACUUGAGAAAAUUGGGUCAUAAUGAUAAGAAGCAUCGAAAGCAGUGCUAAUGUCCUUAAAUUAUUUGUAGGAAUGACAUUACAAAAUCUCAUUAGCAUCAAUUUAAAACAUUAUGUGAGGUGAACGAUCUAGCAC